AUGUACCAGGGGAAAACAAUCCAAUUCAGGGAUUGUUUGACUAGUCCACAUGGCAGAGCCAUUCCUCAAUUCACCAUGUGGCUAGGGAGCGAGCCAUCCAACCGGGGGACUAACUCUCAACCAGCACAUACAGCCGACACAGUCAAAGCUUGUACGCCUGAAAUACCAGUCCUACGCGCGCAGACUACCCCAAAUCCAGGGUCCACAGCAACAUCCCCUCAAGGAUGUCCUGAGGAAAACAAUCCAACUGGGGAUCGUUUGACUAGUCCACAUGGCAGAGCCAUUCCUCAAUUCACCAUGUGGCUAGGGAACGAGCCGUCCAACUGGGGGACUAACUCUCAGCCAGCACGUACGGACGAAGUCAAGACCCGUACGCCUGUAAACAGUCCUACGCGCGCAGGCUACCACCCCUCAGGGUCCACGGCAACAUCUCAUCAAGGAUGCCCCGUAUUUCAACAUAUCCAAACCAUAUCAUAA